GGCAACAGUUGUCUUACUCUUACUCCUUAGACAGACCGAUGAAACGAAUUUCACCAUGAUUUCGAUUCGUUGGUAGCAUGACGUCGGUCGAGAAUUUCCGUUGUAAUCGUAAAAAUUAAAAUCGAUAGUCUUCGAAAUAUUCAGUGAUUAUGAACAAGAAAGGUCUAGCGAUUUUGUUGCGUUCUAAAAUGAGGCCUCUCUCUCCUGCUUCUAAAGUUAACCAUGUGCAACUUGCUCCUUUAGAUGUGAACAAAGUAGCUACUCAAAAUGCCUCCAGCAAGACCCCGAGAGAUUUUGGGCAAGUACGGGAAUCAAUGCAUUCAGUCAUAUCAAUGAACAGAAAAGAGAUACUGGAUACUGCACUAAGUGAAUUCUCAGAGGGUUAUUUUAGUCUUUCUCAAGAAAACCGUCACAAGUUACUACUCAUUCUUGCUCGAGAGUAUGACCUCAAUAGGGGUCAAGUUCGGGAGUUGAUGAAGCAGUAUAUUGGUCUUGAGAUCCCUAAAGUAUCAGGUGAUGGAAUUGAUGAGCAUGGACAUGAAGUGGAAGGACAUCUUUCUGCUUUUUAUAGAAUUGAAAGAAAUUUAAGACAUGCUCUUAACCCAAUGUAUGCGAUUCUAUUUGAAAGGCUCAACACACAUCCUGGUGGUUUGAAAUUUUUGUCCACUGUUCGAGCUGAUAUACUGUCUAUUAUCGCGGAUGAAAAUAUUGCAUCAAUACGAGCUCUAGACUCGUAUUUGAAAGAAAAGCUUAUUACAUGGCUAAGUCCAGCCAACCUUGAGCUUCACCAAAUUACAUGGGAUGAUCCUGCUUCAUUGCUAGAGAAGAUUGUAGCUUAUGAGGCUGUGCAUCCUAUCAGCAAUCUUAUAGAUUUAAAGAGGAGACUUGGAAUAGGUCGACGCUGUUUUGGAUACAUUCAUCCAGCUAUACCUGGUGAACCGCUUAUAUUUAUUGAAGUUGCACUUAUGAAGAAUAUAGCUUCUACCAUACAAGAAGUCUUGUGGCAUGAUCCUCCUACACCUGAACCCGAAGCAAGUACUGCAUUAUUCUACUCUAUUUCAUCAACUCAGCCUGGCUUAGCAGGAAUCAACUUAGGGAAGUUUUUGAUAAAACGAGUGAUUCAUCUGGUGAAGAAAGACAUGCCAAAUAUAUCUAAUUUUGCAACCCUAAGCCCUAUCCCAGGGUUCAUGCAGUGGCUCCUGUCUAAGUUGGCAUCAUCUGAGAGAUCUGUCCCCAUUUUCAGUGAGAACAUCCUCCAACCUCAGGAAGAAAGAGCACUCCUGGAUGCAUAUGUGGAUUCCACUGAAGGGAGAAAUGGCAUGGAAGUAUUGUUGCACCUGUUGACCUCAACUAACCAUGAGUGGACUCAAUCUGAUGGAUUACAACCAAUUCUACUAAGACUCUGUGCCAGGUACCUUUUACAUGAGAAGAAGAGAGGGAAAGCUCUAGAUUCAGUUGCCAAUUUCCACUUGCAAAAUGGAGCCAUGAUUGGAAGACUUAAUUGGAUGGCUGAUCGAUCCGAAAAGGGCCUUACUCAAAGUGGAGGAAUUAUGGUAAAUUACAUCUACAGUUUGGAACAUAUUGAAGAUUAUGCUCAGGCGUAUUUCAGCACAGGCCAUAUCCAAGUUUCCCCUGAUGUGCUUCAUUAUAUUGAGGCAAUGGAGAAAAAUGAAGACUCAUCAUGCAUGUAAUUUAGUAAGUAAUCAACUAAACAUGUGUAAAUUUAAUUCUUAUUUAAUAUGUUAAUAAGGUGU